AUUAUGUAAUGUCAUCUGCUCACUCCAGAGAUCAGCUGAUGUGUGAUUGAGGGGACAGAGCACAGUCUCCUUAUUCCAGCCGUCUCUCCAUGAAGAGUGACUGGUCUGAUGAUAAACCACUGACCUUCAGCUAUGAGCCAGGACCUUCAGAUUCACACAGAUAGAGGUCUACAGGAGGUUCUAGAUGAACACAGGAUCAGUCUGAGGGAGAGAUGUGAACAUGUGACUGAAGGAAGUGAUGAAGCAGGAAGUAGAACCCUCCUGAACAGGAUCUACACUGAGCUCUACAUCACAGAGGGACAGAGUGAAGAGGUGAACAGCCAACAUGAGGUGAGACAGCUUGAGACAGCUUCCAAGAUGGAGAGCCUCCAUGAGACUCCAAUCAAGUGUCAGGACAUCUUUAAAGCCUUACCUGGCCAACAGACACCCAUCAGAGUGGUUCUGACCUACGGUGUGGCUGGUGUUGGAAAAACCUUCUCUGUGCAGAAGUUCACUCUGGACUGGACAGAGGGCUCAGAAAACCAAGACGUCAGUCUGCUGGUUCUGCUUUCAUUCAGGGAGCUGAACUUGAUCAGAGAUGAGCGCUACAGUCUUCUGGAGCUGCUCCGUGUUUUCCAUCCAACAUUACAGAAGGUCAGAGCGGAGACGCUGGCUGUCUGUAAACUUUUGUUCAUCUUUGACGGCCUGGAUGAAAGCAGACUGUGGUUGGAUUUCAACCUCAGUGAGGCUGUGUCUGAUGUGUCAGAGAAGUCCUCGUUAAACGUGCUGCUGACAAACCUCAUCAAGGGGAAUCUGCUUCCCUCAGCUCUCAUCUGGAUAACGUCUCGACCUGCAGCAGCCAAUCAGAUCCCUCCUUCAUAUGUGGACAGGGUAACAGAGGUCCGAGGCUUCACUGAUGUCCAGAAGGAGGAGUACUUCAGGAGGAGGUUCAGUGAUGAAGAUGUGUCCAGCAGAAUCAUCUCCCACAUCAAGACAUCCAGGAGCCUCCACAUCAUGUGUCUGAUCCCAGUCUUCUGCUGGAUCACUGCUACAGUUCUGGAGCACAUGAUGAGCACAGAGCAGAGAGGAGAGCUGCCCAAGACCCUGACUGACAUGUACUCACACUUCCUGUUGGUUCAGACCAAGAGGAAGAAGAAGAAGUAUGAUGAGGGACCUCAGAUGAGUCCUGAGGAACUCACCAGAUCUGACAGGGAAGUUCUUCUGAAGCUGGGGAGGCUGGCGUUUGAACAUCUGGAGAAUGGAAAUAUCAUGUUCUACCAAGAAGACCUGGAGCGCUGUGGUCUGGAUGUCAGCGAGGCCUCAGUGUACUCAGGAGUUUGUACUGAGAUCUUUAAAAGAGAGAGUGUGAUCCUCCAGAAAACAGUCUACUGCUUUGUUCAUCUGAGUGUUCAGGAGUUUCUGGCUGCAGUUCACUGUUUCACCAACAGGAACACAGAUGUCAUUGAGGCGUUCUUCGGAGACGUCAAACACAUGGAAUCAUCCAGUAAGUCUCUAUUAAAGAGGAUUACUACGUUUUUUCAAACUCCUGAUAGCUUUGAUCCAUCCCUGGAUGUCUUCCUGAAGUAUGCCAUGGAGAAAUCCCUGAAAAGUCCAAAUGGACACCUGGACCUGUUUGUUCGCUUCCUUCACGGCCUCUCUCUGCAGUCCAACCAGAGACUCUUAGGAGAUCUGCUGGGUCAGACAGACAACAGUCCAGAAAUGAUCCAGAGAGUCAUCAAGAACCUGAAGCAGAUGAACAGUGAUGGUAUCUCUCCUGACAGAAGCAUCAACAUCUUCCACUGUCUGAUGGAGAUGAACGACCUCUCAGUACAUCAGGACAUCCAAGACUUCCUGAAGUCAAAGAAGAGACCAAAGAAGAAACUCUCUGGGAUCCAGUGCUCUGCUCUGGCCUACAUGCUGCAGAUGUCAGAGGAGGUUCUGUGUGUGUUAGAUCUGAGCCGGUACAACACAUCAGCCCAGGGACGACUGAGACUGAUUCCAGCUGUGAGGAACUGCAAAGCAGCCAGUUUCUUUUGCUGUGGACUAUCAGAGACUCACUGUGAAGUCGUGGCCUCAGCUCUGAAGUCCAACCCCUCCCACCUGAAAUCUCUGUACCUGACUAACAACAAGCUGAGUGAUUCAGCAGUGAACCUUCUUUCUGCUGGACUGAAGAGUCCCAACUGUCGACUGGACACUCUGAGUUUGUCAGACUGCAGUUUGUCAGAGAUCAGCUGUUCUUCCCUGAUCUCAGCUCUAAAGGCCAACCCCUCCCAUCUGAGAUACCUGAACCUGGGUUACAACAAGCUGCAGGAUUCAGGAGUGGAGCUACUGUGUGGUUUUCUGAAGAGUCCAGACUGUCGACUGGAGACUCUGAGACUGAGCCACUGCAGUUUGUCAAAGAUCAGCUGUUCUUCUCUGGCCUCAGCUCUGAAGUCCAACCCCUCCCAUCUGAGAACGCUGUGGCUGGAUGAAAACAAGCUGAAGGAGCCAGACGUGAAGCCGCUGUCUGAUCUUCUUGAGGAUCCAAACUACAGACUGAAGACUCUGCGAUGGAGUUAGAGUGAUGAAAGAGAGGAUCCUGAUGGUCCUGCUGGUCAGAGAGGAGGAAGCAGCAGCAGCAGCUUGUGUGUGGUGAGUCUGUAACUGGGCCGUGUUACUGGGAGACUGACAGACCAAUCCCAACCAGUGGAGAUGAGACUGCUCUGAGAUCAGCUCCACUGUGGACCUCCCUCAUGUUUCUAUUCUAACACAGAUUCUCAGCGUAAACUGCUUUAGGACUAAAUGGCUGAAGAUGAACGCCUCCAUGUGGAUACAGAUGUUGAUGUAAUAAAGUGAGAACUGUGACAGGCUCCUGCAUUUAUCGGCUGUUAAUGUGUGGCAUUUCCAAUCAGAUAUCAGAGCCAGAGAGAAAGGCUCACAUCACAGCAGAGCCAAAGUAGCAGACUUUUGAACCAAUGAAUUUAAUCAGUGAUCAGUCAAAUAAAAUACCAAUACAGAUCCUGAUGAACAUUUGAGAUCUUGACCCUGAUAAUCAGCCAGGACCAUCAUGGAUCCACCUCCAGUCUGGAGGCUUUUACAGAAAGAAAGCUGAGUUGAGUUGUUGUGAUAUUUGAUGGUGUGGAAACAGCUGAAUAAUGCUGACUCACUCUUUUCUUUUCAUGAGUCAUGUCAGCGUAACAAAGGAUCCAUUAGAAGAUCCAAUCAUCUGUCAUUUUAACCAAUCAUUUUGAUGUUUACUACAGUUUGAUG